AUGUCGGCCAAUUUGACGUUUUCUUUACCACCGCCCCCAUCAGGGAUCGACCUUGGCGAAACCCGAGUGCCAGACAUCUAUGGCGCGCUGAUAUCGACGUGGGCCUUAGCGGCCUUGAUGUUGGGCUUGAGGGCGACUGUGAGGAGGAGCAUGGGAGGGACGGCUUGGUGGGAUGACAUAUUGGCUUGGAUGGCGCUGGUACGGAUUCCGCCCAAACGUGGUCUUUGUUCGGAGCUGGUCUUGGACGUGCUGGUAGCAGCUACUGCUCAAGUCUUGGUGGUUAUCGUAUACAUGAUCCCCAACGGCACAGGCCGACACAUCUGGGCCGGCACGAUCCACUCGUCGAGGGCCUGGGCGAUUGGAAUGUUCGUCAUCCAGCUGACGUACGUGCUCGUCCUCGGCCUGGCCAAGUACUCGACCCUCUGCUUGUACUGGCGCUUGUUCGGCGCCGAGAAGCGCAACCGCAUCCCCAUCUGGAUCAUGGGCGGUUUGGUCACGGCCUGGGUCGUCGCGAUCCUCGCCACCACCGUCUUUCUGUGCCUCCCGGUGAAUGCGUAUUGGGAGCGCUUCAACCCGGAGAACCCCAUGCCGUUCAACCAGUUCGAGUGUGGCAUCGACAGCAAGCGGUUCUACAUCGGGACUGCCAUCCCGACCGUCGUCACGAACCUGUUGUUGUUGGCCAUGCCUGUGCCGUACGUCUGGCGGCUGCGGAUGCCGACUCCGCAAAAGGUUGCCGUCUUGGCUGUUUUCUUGUUCGGUGCCAUCCUCACCGUGGUGUCGGCGGUACGUCUUGUCGUCAUUGUUGACGUUGAUGUGGCCGACCCGGAUAUGACGUGGAACAUAGUCGACUCGAUCAUCUGGUCCCACGUUGAAGGCAACAUUGCGAUUUUAUGCUGCUGCCUCCCAACCCUAAAGCCGAUCCUGGACAUCUGCACCGCCGGCACCACCAAGGCCGCCGAGCGGGUGAACCGCGAGAGCCGCAAGCCCGCGGGCGCCGGCCUCGGCGGCGGCAGGCACAACGGCAGCAGCACGCUGGUGCGGACGCCGCAGAGCCAGAGCGGCAACGAGAUACCGCAGUGGCUGGACGAGAGCAGGAGCCGCUCGGAGCCGCAGCAGGGCAGCGAGCCCGGCAGCAGCAGCGGCGAGGUGGCCAACCUGCGCACCAUGACCGAGAUCAAGGCGCACCGGCGGCCGCCGCCCGCGCACGCCAACCCGUGCGUCGGUGGCAUCAGCAGCAGCUGCGGCAGCCUCGGGAGGAUGCGGUCCCUGACCAGCUCGCCGACGCUGUCGCGCAGUCGGAGUCUGAGCAGGGCGAGGCUGGCCAAGAGCAGGCACAGCAGCGAUGACGGCGCGCGGUCCGACGUGUCGAGCAUCGAGGAGGUGCCGGGCAUCACGGUCACGUUCGACGUCGUGGUGUCGAGCGAGAGGGUGGAAAUGCCGGAAAAGCCGGUGCAGCUGGAACAGUUGAGGUUCAGUAGUAGUAGUAGUAGUAGUAUUAUUUAACGCCGGGCUCGGCCCGGCUCAUUAGCCGGCCGUUAGCAACCUCCCGAGGGGUAUCUCGGCGCGCUUUCUAUUUUCUCUAUUUACACAGCGGAAAACAAGGGCAUAGAAGCGAAUCGAGCCUGACCGGGUUCGUGCCCGGUCCUGCUUACAGGUUUGUUCACUGACGCGACCCCGUGCCUUCAGGCGCACGGAGGAUUCGUCUGACGGCAGUUGACGGCUCUUCAUCGAGAGGGGCCUGUGUCCAAACAGCGGAGCUGUCGGUCGUUUGUAGCCAUGGAGACGAAGUUCCCAACAAGUGUGGGCUCGACGGCACAGGCGGGUGGUUGUUGUCGAUAGCCAGCCGGGUUAUCCUUGCCACGGGUAAGCGGGGAGGAGGUGGAGGGAGCAGGAUUCGAACCUACGUUACUCAAGUAACAGCCAUGGCGCUUAACCACUGCGCCAUUCCCCCCAAGUUGAGGUUCAGCGAGAUGGGGUUUCCAAAUAUGAAGUUUCCA